GGUGGCAGACCCGAAAAACACCAGACGAAAGAAAGAGGCCAUUGUGCUGGUGAAGGACUACAACGAGCCCGGUUUCCGCCUGCCGAACGCUGAGCUGUGCCCGGGCAGCGGGAAUGACGUCAAGCUGGUGAUCAUGGUGCAGAGCGCGCCGGCGCACACGAACAUCCGCAGCGUCAUCCGACACACGUGGGCGCGGCCGGCCAUCUCACGCGACGACAUCGUGCUAGCGUUCGUGGUGGCCGCCGUCGGAGACACGGUCGAGCAGCGCAACAUCGACUACGAACAGUCACUGUACGGCGACCUCGUGCAGGCCAACUUCGUCGACCACUAUAACAACCUGACGCUGAAGACGCUGGCCAGCCUCGAGUGGGUCGACAAGUACUGCCCGGACGCGCUGUUCACGCUCAAGGUCGACGACGACGUCUUUCUCAACGUGAACAACCUGAUGAAGUUCGUCGAGCAGCACCACCAGCAGCGGCGCACCAUCUUCGGGAACGUCGUGUUCAACCCGAAGCCGGAUCGUAACAAGGAGUCGCGCUACUACGUCAGCCCCAAGAUCUGGGACAAGACCAAGUACCCGCGCUACACAGGCGGGCCGCUCUACCUGAUCAGCGGGGACAGCGUGCGCGGCCUCCGACAGCGCGUGCUGGAGCGCCCCUACUUCUUUAUCGAGGACGUGCUCGUGACGGGCAUCGGCGCUAAGCUGGCCGGCGUGCGGCGGCUGCGCGCGCCCGAGUUCUUCACCUACAGCGUGCCCACCUCCGACACAUGCCUGCUACGCAUGCUGGUGGGCGCCCACCAGAUCCCUAGCAAGGAGCUGCCGGACAUCUGGACGCGGCUGAACGACCGCACCAUCCCGUGUCCGCACACGUACGCGCCGGACCUCUGGAAGCCAUGCAUUAACCUCAAGGCGCAGGAGAGCCUGAAGCACUGCUAUAUGGAAAAGCGUCGCAUGACGUCUGGCGCCAACAUCGAGUAG